AAUUGGACUUUAGUGGGCGUAUACGGAACGGCCACUUACACAGUACGGUUGUUCACAUGGAGAACUAGCUACAAACCCUUUAACCUUGCUGGAUUAGAUUCUUCGUUAAGACAUUUGGAAAGUUUGGACCAUGUAAGGAAUAAAAAGAGGACUUGUACCAAUGUUAUAUUUACCAAGACGUCACGUUAACGUGAACCGUAUUUAAAGACAUGCUACCUUUAAAUCAAGAAGUACACAACUGCCUCAAUUUGCUGUGUAUAUCUUGUAUCCUCAACAUGUAGAUUAUCCUUCUGAGCAGUUUGUGUAAAACCACACAAUAAUUGUCAUACAACUGUUUCCAUUUAGGCAGGCUGCAAUGGAUAUCACGGCAAGGUAUUGCCAUAAAGAAAUGGAGGCAUAUGGUUCAUGUGUGGCCUCCAACCCAUCGACAUGGCAAGAAAAGUGUCAUGACCUCAAGAUGAAGGUUGCACAGUGCACAUCAUCACAGUAAGUAAACAUACCUACACAUUACUUCUACAUACUUACACUGUAGCUUAUUACCCUUGUUUGUAUCCCUUAUUUCCAACACAAAUAAUUGUUUCUAUCAUUUUUGAUAGCCCAGUGAUUCAGAAAAUCAGACAGGAUUGUUCCAAGCAGUUUGUGGAGUUUGAACAAUGUCUCAGAGAAAACCAGCACCAACCUACCUCUUGUUCACCACAUGUGGCCCGCUUUCUGGGCUGUGCAGAGACAGUGGACCUCAGUGGACUGGGUAAGUUCUUGUUGGGGUAGGCCAAACACGAUUCAGACUGACAUACUGAGCAACUUUGACAAGGAUUUGAUGAAACCAGAAGAAGUAAUUCUCCCUCUAACUUGUGCCUUCAAGAAAUGCCCUUCUUAAAACUUGUCAUGUUACUGAUUUAUUGAAAAAUUUGUGUAAUCAUUUUGAUUAGUUAGGAGAUGUUCCUUCAGGCUGGUUUUUGAUGGUAUAAAACUUUGGUAUCAACAUUUGAUAUGUUUUCUUUACAGUAUUUUCAACUGAAUGAUUUACAAAAUCAGAUUCAAACAUUUUAAACAGUGCUGUGGUUGUAGUAUAGAAGGAAAGCCCUCUACUUGACCUCUAUUCUCUAUAAAGUAUGACUUAAAAUCACUGAAACCUGUAAAUGACUAUUUAUAUGUUCUAUGUAAGCAGUAAGAGGAACACAAGCAGUUAAACAAACAUCAUAAUCAUGUAAUUCAGAUGUUUUAAGUAAUGUUUUGAGUAAUUAUUGAAGUAAAAAAGACGUGUUUUAAGUUAAACAUGGAUUACGUUGGCCUAACAUGUACAUUUCCUUUUUUCCAUUGUACAUGAAACAUUAACUUAAGAAACUUAUUUUAAUUUUAUGAAAUCCUGUGAGUUAUUACAUCUAAAGAAUGAAGCUUAUACUGAGUCAUCAUGGGGGGAAUGACUAAUGUUGAACUAACUGAUAAACUCCUGUGUUUUUUUCCAGAUACAAAUCCUGUGGUUCAGCCAUCAUAGCAUUCAGACGUUUUCCAUCAUCUGUAAAUGACUCCCAACUCCACAGCAACACUGAUGUGCAAGUGUCAUAUUUGUGCCAGCCUUGUAUGUACGGUGACUAUUUUUGUUUUUUUGUAACUAAAGGUUGUUCUCUGACUAAGAUACAGGAGAUACAGGCAACAGCACUGUGAGUAAGGCUGAUCAUAUAGAUAGGUCUAUUUAAUUGCUGCUCAUAACCACAUUUAUAAAUAUGUGUAUGUAUCACUCACCAUUUUUUUUGUAUUGAUAAUCUUUAACAGUCUCAUUAAAAUUGACAUUAGAAUUGUAUUACCUAA